AUGGCAGGUAAGAAAGGGAAAGGUGUUCCCCCCAAAAAGAACGAUGACAUGGAUGUCGAAGACCGUUUGCAGGCUGUUGUCCUUACGGAUUCCUACGAGACCAGAUUCAUGCCAUUGACUGCAUCUAAACCUCGUUGUCUGAUGCCAUUGGCGAAUGUCCCACUGAUCGAGUAUACACUAGAAUUUCUAGCCAAGGCAGGCGCUGAUGAGGUCUUCCUAGCUUGUAGUGCGCACGCCAAGCAAGUCGACGAGUAUAUUGAGCAAUCCAAGUGGAACUUGCCCUGGUCUCCUUUCAAAGUUACCACUUUGAUGAACCCGGAAGCCAGGUCUAUUGGUGAUGUGAUGAGAGACCUGGAUAACAGAGGUAUCAUAACAGGCGACUUCAUUCUUGUCAGUGGUGAUGUCGUCACUAACAUUGACUUUUCGAAGAUGUUGAGUUUCCACAAGGAAAUGCAUGCGAAGGACAAAGACCAUAUUGCUACAAUGUGUCUGAACAAGGCCAGCCAGUAUUAUAUGACAAGAACCAUAGAACCAGCUUGUUUCGUCUUGGAGAAAUCGACGAACAGAUGUCUAUAUUACCAGGAUAUGCCAUCACCAAAUUCAAGAUCUAGGAAAGUCUUAGAUGUUGAUCCCGAACUUUUGGAAAAUGUGGAUUCUUUCUCAAUGAGAAACGACUUGAUUGAUUGUAGAAUUGAUAUAUGCACACCUCACGUUCCGCCUAUUUUCCAAGACAACUUCGAUUAUCAAUCCUUGAGAUCUGACUUUUUAAAAGGUGUUAUUUCCAGUGAUCUGUUAGGCAAACACAUUUAUGCUUACAUAACUGAUGAAUAUGCAGUUAGAGCCGAAAGCUGGCACUCAUUUGAUACCAUAUCACAGGAUUUCUUAGGUAGACUUUGUUAUCCGUUAGUCCUGGAGUCCAACAUCCAGGAAGACCAAACAUACUCUUACGAAUCAGGUCACAUUUACAAAGAAAAGGAUGUUGUCCUUGCACAGUCAUGUAAGAUAGGAAAAUGCACAGCCAUUGGAGCUGGUACCAAGAUUGGAGAGAGAACAGUGGUUGAAAACUGUGUCAUUGGUAGAAACUGUAUAAUUGGCGAAAACAUCAAUAUCAAGAACAGUUAUAUUUGGGAUAAUACGGUCAUUGGCAAUGGUUGUAAUAUCUCUCAUUGUAUUGUCGCCUCAAACACAAAGAUGGGAGCAAACGUUAUCUUGAAUGAUGGAUGUAUCAUUGGCUUCGAUGUUGUUAUUGAGGAUAACAAAGAAAUACCGGCAGGCAGUAAAAUAUCUAGUGUUCCAGUUGCAAGCAGCCGUUCAAGACUUCCUGCAUCUGAUGGUUAUGAUGAUGAAGAUGACGAUGAGGAAUACUCUGAGACCUUUGAUGACACCACGCAGCAAGCUUUGGCUUCUGAACUAGUUGGGGAACAUGGUGUAGGUUACGUCUACGAGAGUGAUGCUUCUGAUAUAGAAGAGUAUGAUGAAGACGAGUGUUUCAAGAUAGUGAAUAGCUUGAGGCAGCAAGUCGAAGAUAUAUACCUGAGUGAUAACUCCAUAUCAUCGACUAAGAGGAGAACUAAGAAGAAGAGAACCAUGUCUACGAACAGUGUAUACACUGAUCGCGAAGACUACUUGUCAGAUGAGGAGGAAGGAGAAGAUUUCUUGGUCGAGGGUAUUGCCACUGUAGAGAGAGCCAUCGAGAACGAUCACGAUCUAGAUACAGCCCUAUUGGAGUUAAACACAUUAAGAAUGAGUAUGAACGUCACAUACCAUGAGGUUAGAUUAGCCACAGCCACAGCACUGGUGAGAAGAGUGUAUCACUUCAUAGAGACACAGACCUUGGGGCCUAAAGAAGCCGUCCCCAAAGUGUUCGGCCAAUGGGGUGCACUUUUCAACAGACAAGUGUUCGAGCCCGAGGAGUACCUGGAUUUGAUGAACAUCCUGAUGGAGAUUAUCGCCGAGCAGAAAUUCGAGAAACCGGAGUUCAUCCUGUUCAGUGCUCUGAAUACCUUGUAUGACAACGAUAUCUUGGAGGAAGACUCCAUAUAUGAGUGGUGGGACAACGUCUCGCAGGACAGCAAAUACGACCAAGUCAAGACCCUCACAGCCAAGUGGGUCGAUUGGCUCAGGAACGCAGAAGAAGAGUCCGACGACGAGUGA